UUCUCUCCAGUGUAAACGGAAGUGAACAGUGACCAAGAAUAAUUUCCACAUUAGCGUUUUUAUUGUUCCUAUUAAGACGUUUAUUGACAACAUGGAACUCAAAAUAUGACUAAUUUAACUGCACAGCAUCACAUACUCACCCCAUGUAGUCUUUAAUUCGCGUUGGAGGCGGGACUUGGUUAAAAUACGUUUUUUUUAGGUAACGCUAGUUAGCUGCUAGCAAUGGCUAACUGUAUGGUUUUUCACACUCAAAUAGCCUCCAUCAUGGAGGUGCUAGCGAAUGCAGCCGUGGCAGAUAUCUGUAAGCUCGUAGACGACGACUAUGCAGUGUUUCGUUUGGAAAUAACUCAAAGUCAGAAAGAAAACAGGACAUUGCGGAGGAAACUACAGCUACUGGAACUGAAGGUGUCACGGGAGCGCGCAGAGAGGACACCGCGAGAGCGCGUCCUCGCCAGUAGUGUCAAGAUCCUCGACCAAUUCAGAGGAAUGGCAAGGGGUGAAGGACACCUCACUGGAGGUCACAGGAGCUUUGUAAAGCCAGCGGGACACAAUACAUGGCGAGAUGACCAACCAAUCACUGUUGAUGAGCUGAGUGGAACCUCAACCCAGCAUGUCAACGUGAUAGAGUCUGCAGAGGCUGCAGGUCCUGGGGUCAAGCAGGAGAGGUCUGAAGGAGAGGAGGACACACCUCACAGCAGAGACAUCCAGGCUGGAGCGCCCCCUGUACCCACGGAGGACCCUACCACCGCCCCAGCGCAACCCAGGACCCGACGCAGGAUCACGGAGGAGGAGGAGGGUCCAGAGGUGCUGCUGGUGAAGGAGGAGGGGUGUGAGGAGGGUCUGGGGAACCCUGAGGGGACCAUGGUCAUGGAGGACAACCAGACUACACCUCCUCCUGAACCCACAGAGGAACCAACUAAGCAGCACAGGACCACAUACAGUCUCACUGAGUCAGUAGACAUGGUGGAUGGAAAGCCUGAUCUGCUGCUGGUCAAAGAGGAGACCAUAGAAGACGUACCAGAGAGCAUUGACCUGUUAAGUGGACAAAAGAUGGGGGAGCAAGGUGGUUGGCUGGAGAUUAAAAGAGGAGACUGGGCGGCCAUCUUGGAUUCCCAGACUGGCGCAGCCAAGGGUCGAGGGGACAACAUCACCGAGCUGGCUAGGGCCAGAGGAGACAUAGUGGAGGUCAGAGAAUGGGACAGAGUCCCUAAUGCCGAGCUGGGGAACAACACUGUUAACCACAACCCAAAACAGACUGUCGAACACAAAACAACAGUCAAACUUAAUUUCCAUGACAACAGACUGGCUGAGACCAGGGCAAGGCGUAGAUUUGGUCUGCGAGGACGAGGUGGUGUCUGUAUGCGGCAGGAGAAAACAGCCACAGACUCUGCUAGCGAUACUCCAUCCUGCUCCUAUAGUUGUGAUUCAGAGAGACUGAUGGUGUCUCAGAUUAACCCCCUAUCAGGUGCUGCCUUCAGCCUGCCUUCUAUAGGAUCUAUCAACUGGAACAUGGAUGCUGUGACAACACAGACACUCCCUGGCCUUCAUCCUCCUCACACUCCCCUAAUGUUAAACCCGACCUCAGACAAUGCCAGUGCUUCAACACUAAAUGGCUACAUAAGCCCAUUGACAAAUGACAGUAGUAGAAAUGGAAUAAGUAAAGGUGGUGGCGCCAAAAAUAAGCGAUUCCCGUGUUCAUUCUGUGGGAAAGUGUUCAGUUUCCCCCAACAGGUGGAGAUCCACCAGAGGAUGCACACAGGGGAGAAACCAUUCAGCUGCAACCUGUGCAGGGUCAGUUUCUCACACUCAUCCAGCCUAAAGAGGCACCAGAGGGUCCACACAGGGGAGAAACCAUUUGGCUGCCACCUGUGCCGGGUCAGUUUCUCCCACACGUCCAGCCUGAAAAGGCACCUGAAGGUCCACACGGGAGAGAGGCCGUUCGCCUGUACACAUUGCGAGAAGAGAUUCUCAGAGAGGAGCUACCUCAGGUUACACCAGCAGAAAAUGCACACAGGCCAUGUAUAGUGACAUAUAAUGUAGUAUUAUUUCGUUUGUAGUUAAUUAUGUUGGUUUUGGAUGUAGUAGGGAGCUCGAUGAGGUGACAUGAGGGAAGAAUGAGUAUGAUAAGGCAGAGGAGAUGAUAUGGUGAUGGUUGGUGUGAUAGUGUCUGUAAAAAUGCUUCACUGAUGAAGAGUGACAACCUUAUCAUGGUGUUUGAUGCUGGUGUUUUAUAAUGAGGAAAUGAUAGUGCCUUAAUUCAUGUAUACUUGAUAUAAAGCAAUGAAGCUAUGUGUAAUGUAAUGUUGAACCGUUUCCAAAGUAUUCUCAACUUCAUUUUAUCAAAGAGAAGGGUACCAGAUUUGGUAACAGGUCAACUGUUACCAUAGUGAUAAAAGUUAUUCUCCAUGUCACUAGGGCUGUUGCGGUAAUCCAGCAUUCAUGCGUCAUGAACGCAAUACAAUUCUAAUGUGACCAGUCAUGGUAAUCUCCUUUUAUGCACUCUGGACAUAUGUUCGUAGUACCAAACUCUGUAACGAUCAUCAGGUCGCUAAUGGCCUGGUACUCAGGGCUCUAUUGUCCUUCUAGCCACUCUGACAUCAAUGCAAAUGUAAUCGAAAAUCACAUUAAACACAUCAUCAAAACAGUAUGUGCUUUUAAAACUCACCUCACUCUGAUUGAUUGAUCAAUUUGAAUAAAUUAGUUCAACAACAGGUUGAAUCUGAGUGGAAAAAAAGAUACCUUUGGUACAAACUUGCCCUAGCCUAAAUAAAACAAAUUUAGAGUCUACAUUAUAGUGGAUUUUUUGGGGAUUUUGUAUAGCCUAGUAAUAGGGCACAUUUUAUAUUUUUCAUAAUUAAUAGGCUGACACAUUACCUUUAGCUACAGAAUAUCUCACCACCAUGCCUUUCCAUCUCCUCCCCGCUUUCCUUAAUGCCAUUCUUCAGCGCACAGUGAGAGGGGCUGUCAACAGUUUAAUGAAAUACAGCAGACAGUUUCGUUGUGAAAACAUGUUACUAUCGAUGUUCCCUUAGAGAUUUCACUUGUUUUUCCACAUUAAGCACCAGGAACAGGAUUGGAGUGCCCAUGGCAUGCAGAGUUUGGGCAGAAUAUCUAUCACAUGAAGUAGUUUCCCCGAAAUGGGACCAAGCUGCGGGAAAGUGACCUCCAUUCGCUAUUCGUUACGGAUGAUAUGCAUCUUUUUCUCUUGCCUCUGUUUCUGCAAAUGUGAUGAUGGGACAUUCUAAAUCGAAACUCAUUUUACAUAUUAGUUAGGAUUAAAUUGAGAAUAGUCUGGUGAAAUAAUGAUCACUUGAUGAGAGCUGGAGUGAACAGCAUGUGCUGCCUGAGGCAAGGAACAGAGCACAAGCUUUUUUUGUGACUUUCUCAAAAUUGUCAAUAGCCUAUCGUCGCAUCAUGCAGCCCAUACCUUUUGAUUUCUAAAGCAUUCUAAGGUUUGUAUCAUUCACAACUAAAGUUGCCAAAUUACAGAAAAUCUGGCAUAUAGAACCUGUUUCAAAUGAUGACUUUUAUGCUCAACAUAGACACUUCAUAUGCUCACUCCGGAAUGGGAAAAAUAUAAUUUAUAUUUUAAGUUCAAUUAUAAUCGUCUUACUAUAAAAUCAUAUAAUAUAAAAUAAUGGCAUGGGACUUAAGCACUCUCUUGUCUGCUAAAUGAACAAGCCUAUAGCAUGGCGCAUAGCCAUAAAAUGAUGUUUAUUUUUGACAGUAUACAGUAGGGCAACUCAUUCUAUUCUUCUGAAAUACAUUUUCUUCACAUCAUGUUUCUUUAGACUUGACUAAAAUAAAUAAUGGCUUUGUUGUGAUGGUGUAUAUUCAAUUGAUUUAUUCUGUGUUUUUAAAUGUAUAUGUUCCAAAGUUCAUCAGCAGCUUGUAUGCAUGGAGGGCUGGAGAUGCUCGACGUGUUUAUGUUAAUUACUGGUCAAUUACCAUGAGACCAGCAGGCUUUUGCAUGACAACCAGCUGACAAAGUGUCAUGACCAGCACAGCCCUACUUAUUGUUUUGUGCAAUAAAAAGUACUGUACUUUACAUUGUGAGUAUUACCAUUUUGUUGAAAUAAAAUACAAAGUUGACUCUG